UGUGAUCGGCUUGUCAAAAAUAAUAAUGAUGUAAUGGAAAUACAAAAAGCUCUAUUGGUUUAUCGAAUUUUCAGUGAAUGUAUCAUUGAGUCACAGUCAAAGUUGUUUGUGUACAUUUAGUUGGAGAAUAAUCUGGAUAAGACUGGAAAUUUUGGUAGCUAUAAGGCUAAGUAGGACGAUCACUUCGGACUCUGUACCUCAUUGUUGGUGAUUUUUGUCUCAUGAGAGCCGUAACUAUAAAACAGUAGAGGGAAAAGAUUAAUGGAAAGUGGUGAACCGGAAAGCCGAAAAAGCAGAAACCAAUAAGUGGGGUACCCGAAAGAGAUAACCGCAAAGUGGUUAGUGGAAACAAAUUACCUGAAAGUGGUGUCCCCAAAGUGGACAGCAUGAGUCACCCCAGUGAAUGGAUACCGGAGGAGGGAAUACCGGAACUGGUACAGAGGUCCUCCGGUAUGGCUCUGCUUUACGGCGUUCAGAAGAAGAUCACAACCAGUGGUGGUCCAGAGAGCUGUGAGCCGAUGCCGUUCACACUGUUCCCCAGUUUUCUGCCGAAGGCCGUCCUCACCAAGGCCCGUUCUCUUCACACCCACUUCCAGAGGCUGAUGUUCGACGUGGCAAACGAUCACGAGUUUCUUCACAUGUGCCUCAAAGAUGUACUUCCCGUUGACGAGUUUACUCGAGAAUUUUGGAACAUUUACGAGACUGUCAGAAAUGAAGGAGUCACACAGGCCAUCACGAUAUUUAUAAGCCGUAACGAUUUCAUGAUGGAGGCAAGUCGAGAUUGGAAGAAGGGCAGUCAAGAUAUACGCCAGGUGGAGUUCAACACGUUUUCCUCGGGGGCUGGAGGGGUGGGGGGAGCAGUUACAGAUGUUCACAGGUACAGUCUAAAACUAUCAGGCUUUCCGUUGGACCUCGACAAGUUACCUGAAAACAGACCUACUAAAGGAUUCGCCAAGGGUCUCGUGCUUGCCUGGGAACAGUAUGGAAAUCCAUCAGCGGUCAUCUUAUUUGUGGUGGGUGUCCCAGAGCCGAACACACCAGAUCAGCGCUGGUUGGAGAGGCAUAUCUUUGAAUAUAAUCCUGCAGUGCGUGUCAUAUUCAGAACAUUCCAGCAACUCACAGCAGGAGACACCACUCUUGGUGAUAGGAAACAGCUUCUUGUGGACGGUGUGGAGGUGGCAGUUGUCUACUACAGAUAUGGGUAUGCACCAACGCACUACCCGACCAAGAAAGAAUAUGAUCUGCGGUUGACAAUAGAGCGAUCUCUUGCCAUCAAGUGCCCAUCUAUGGCAGCACACUUGGCGGGUUGCAAGAAAGUCCAACAGGUGCUUGCUGCUCCGGGACAACUGGAACACUUUAUAGCGGACCCUGAUAUAGCCCGUAGCAUCCGGGAGACGUUUGUAGGACUCUACCAUCUUAGCUAUAAUGGUUCCACAAAUGAGACUGUUCACAGAGCGCUAGCAAAUCCCGACCUUUUUGUACUCAAGCCACAGAGGGAAGGCGGAGGGAACAACCUGUUUGGGGCAGAGUUAAAGACCUAUCUAGAGAAAAUUCAGAACACGUCAGAAGUCACCUCGUGGAUCCUGAUGGACCGUAUCAAGACCGUCGCACACCCAAAUAGACUCGUUCGAAGGGAUAUGGGGCCUGAGUUGAGGGACGUGUGCAGUGAGCUGGGGAUAUUUGGGGUCCAUUUAAGUUGUGGCGUGAAGGAGCUGGAAAAUUAUGAGUGUGGAUUCUUGCUACGUACCAAACCACUAGAGGCAAACGAGGGUGGAUUAUUUAGUGGACUUUCUUGUCUUGACUCGCCGCUUUUUGUGUCAGAUUGACACAAGAUUUUUAUUAGUUUGGCAUCACAUUACUGAAAUAGCAGUAUUGUUUUAAAGGUGUAGUUUUUUGAAUAUUUGAUACAAGAUUGCAAAAAGAAUUUUUUUUGUUAACUAAACUCAUGCAGAAAAGUGAUAUAUCGCGUAGUAAUCAAUUACACUGAAUCAAGUAGAGAGGGGAUAUUGUAAUACCCAUGGAGGUAUGUUUUGCCUAUAACAUAAAUUUACUUCAUACUUUAAAAAAAUGGUAAACAAUUAAGUUUGAAUGUUUAAUCAUACUUAAAUAACUUCAAAACAUUAGUCAUACUUAACCUGUAAAAAUGAUAGCCUUUUCUGGCCAUCAUUAAAGCAAGUUUUGCUUUGUAAACAAUUUGUAGUUAAAUGAAUCCUUGAGUCAUUUUUAGCUCGGCGUUUUCGGAGAAAACCCGAGGUAUUGUCAUACCCAGCUGGUCUUCCGACAUUCGACGUCCGCGUCGUGCUAAAAUCUUAACAUUGGCUCUUAAAUCAUAGUGCUUCCACCUACAACUUUGAAUCUUCAUAUGUAGAUGCACCUUGAUGAGUUCUACACGACACACCCAUUUUGGGGUCACUGGGUCAAAUGUCAAUGUCACUGUGAUCUCUAAAAAAUAAUCUGACAAGCUUUCAUUUAUUAAAAACUGCACCUGUAGCCAAGCGUGGCGCCCGUUAUGCGUUGCUCUUGUUGAUAUUUUAUUUCAUGUCAAGUAUAAUUAAUUUAUAUAUAAAGAAUAACGGGUAACUGUCCCAUCGUUUUGUUAUAUAUCAGGCGAGGCUUAGAAUAAUAUAAUGGCGAGGCUUGCCGAGCAGUUACUUUAUAUGUGCCAAGCCUGAUAUAUUACAAAAUGAUGGGACAGUAACCUGUUUUUCUGUUUAUCAUACCACACUUUCCUAAAAAUCUGCAAAACAAUCCAUUUCUUUAUAUUUAAAAUGUACGGAUCCCUGCUGACUUUGCUGAUCCGGCUUUUACAAGUUGACAUACAUGUAGAAACGGCGUUCGAAAAGACAACACGAAUAAUCGCUUAUUUUAAACAUUGUAAAGAGAGAAAAAAGUUGUUUGCUCUACGAAUGGGGAGAGUACAACCGCUUUAAUUAUAAACGUCUUGAAUUGGACAUCAGAAAUGGACUGCAGCGACAAAUUUAAUCGAACAACACAUUUCAACGAAUAGUUUGGAGACGCCAUU